CCCAAGCGGAGCUGGAGGCCGGACGGGGGAGCUGAGCGGCAGCGGCGGCGGCGGCGGCGGGGGCGGUAAUGGCGGAGCUGGUGCAGGGGCAGAGCGCUCCGGUGGGGAUGAAAGCCGAGGGCUUCGUGGACGCCCUGCACCGGGUCCGGCAGAUUGCUGCUAAAAUUGAUUCAAUUCCUCACUUGAAUAAUUCCACACCUCUAGUGGACCCCUCAGUGUAUGGAUACGGAGUCCAGAAACGGCCCUUGGAUGACGGAGUAGGUAACCAGUUAGGGGCCUUGGUACAUCAAAGGGCAGUGAUAACAGAAGAAUUCAAAGUGCCUGAUAAAAUGGUUGGAUUUAUUAUCGGCAGGGGAGGUGAGCAGAUUUCACGGAUUCAAGCAGAAUCUGGUUGCAAAAUUCAGAUUGCUUCAGAGAGUUCUGGGAUUCCAGAGAGGCCCUGUGUACUUACCGGAACCCCAGAAAGUAUUGAACAAGCCAAACGGCUCCUGGGGCAGAUUGUGGAUCGCUGUCGGAAUGGACCUGGCUUUCAUAACGACAUAGACGGCAAUAGCACCAUCCAGGAAAUUCUUAUCCCCGCGUCUAAAGUGGGUCUGGUCAUCGGCAAAGGAGGGGAAACAAUAAAGCAGCUGCAGGAGCGGACCGGUGUGAAAAUGGUCAUGAUCCAGGACGGCCCGUUGCCUACGGGAGCAGACAAGCCUCUCCGCAUCACCGGGGACCCGUUCAAAGUACAGCAAGCAAGGGAAAUGGUAUUGGAGAUCAUCCGGGAGAAGGACCAAGCUGACUUCCGAGGCGUCCGCGGUGACUUCAACGCCCGCGUGGGAGGAGGCAGCAUAGAGGUGUCUGUGCCGAGGUUUGCUGUUGGGAUUGUAAUAGGAAGAAAUGGGGAGAUGAUCAAAAAGAUUCAGAAUGAUGCCGGGGUGAGGAUUCAGUUCAAGCCAGACGAUGGUGUUAGUCCGGAGAGAGCCGCACAAGUCAUGGGGCCCCCAGAUCGGUGUCAGCACGCAGCACACGUCAUCAACGAGCUUAUUCUUACAGCCCAGGAAAGAGACGGCUUCGGAGGCCUCGCGGUGGCCAGAGGACGAGGCCGUGGCCGUGGCGACUGGAGCGUGGGUGCCCCCGGGGGCGUCCAGGAGAUAACGUACACCGUGCCGGCGGAUAAGUGCGGCCUCGUCAUCGGCAAAGGAGGUGAGAACAUCAAAAGCAUAAAUCAGCAGUCGGGAGCGCAUGUGGAGCUCCAGCGGAACCCCCCCCCCAGCACCGACCCCAGCCUGCGAGUAUUCACCAUCAGGGGCGUCCCUCAGCAGAUCGAGGUGGCCAGACAGCUCAUAGAUGAGAAAGUCGGUGGGACCAGUCUGGGAGCACCCGGAGCCUUCGGACAGAGCCCGUUCAGCCAGCCGCCCACGGCGCCUCAUCAACAUGCUUUUCCUCCGAGGAGCUCGGCCUGCUUCCCCAGCAUCGCUGCUAAGGUGAACGGAAACCCCCCCAGCACCCCUGUGAGCGGUCCUCCGGCCUUCCUGACCCAGGGAUGGGGCAGCACCUACCAGGCGUGGCAACAGCCCACCCAGCAGGUCCCAAGCCAGCAGAGCCAGCCGCAGAGCAGCCAGCCCGACUACAGCAAGGCCUGGGAAGACUAUUACAAAAAACAGAGUCACGCCGCCAGCGCUGCCCCUCCGGCCAGCUCCCCGCCGGACUACACGAUGGCCUGGGCCGAAUAUUACAGACAGCAGGUCGCGUUCUACGGGCAGACGUUAGGACAGGCUCAGGCCCACAGCCAGGAGCAGUAGGACGGCGGCCCACAGUGCUCUUCUCCCCGAAAUCGUUGUGAGCGAAAACCCGUUUGUAACAGAGGUUUAUAGAUUUGCAAACCUUUUGAUGAAGAACUUUUGUUUUGUUCUGUGAAACACUAUAUUUAGAUUAACAGGACUUUUCUAAAAAUCGGGAAAAAUUCGUUACUAAAAACGGCUGAUAAUUUCUGUUUCAUUGUUCUUGUUUGUUAUUUCAAACGUGUAAGCUCUGGGAUUCUUUUUGGAGCAGUGCCUACAGAUUCAGGCACCCGAAUGUGCCUCAGAGCAGUGACAUUUCAACACGGUGUGUUUUCGUUUCGUUUCGUCGCGCGUCUUUUUAUUUACAGUUUUUUGGUGUUUUGUUUUUUUUUUUUUUUCUGUUGCGACAGAAAGUGGCUUGGAAAUCUUAGGUGGUAUGUAACAAAUUCUUUUAAAAAUUUUUAAACAGUAUUUAAAUAUUCUUAAAUGUGUAAAUUCAUUAAAUGUUUUACUUCUAAUUUCUUGUAUCUUGGCUGUCUGGUUUUACUGCAUUUUUUAAAAAAAACUGAACUAUUAUGUAUUGUAAUUAAUUAUGUGGAUUCUGAAUUGAGACAGAGAAUUGUAUUGCUGUCCAACAGGGAUUGGGAGGGGGCAUUUUAUAGGGUUUGUAUAAUUUCUAGAGUGCUAAAGGGGUAAUAUAAAAUGUUCUUGUGUUUAGCAUACGUUUUUUUUCGUGUCUCCAUUACCAUUUGCAACUGUGUAUCUAAGACCUCCAAGCUGGUUUUAAAAACAAAACGAAAAACCUUUCUCUCUUCUCUCAGAAAUAUAAAUACUGUUAUUUUUAAUAUUAAAAAGAAAUCCGAUAUAACUUUUAACAAACACUGUGGCACAUUAAACCGCGUAAAAAUGUAGUAACUAUUUUUUAAUUCCAAGGUGUUUCCUUCCUUUUUCCUUUGAGAUAUUUUCUUAAUAUUUGUCAAAUUAACUAGACGAAUAAAUAAAUCUAGUAUUAACCACAAUAUGAAUUAAAUGAUUUUGAUUUAAUAAAAGGGAUAAUAUGAUCUCCGACGUUUACCGUAGUGUAUCUUGUACAGAUAACAUGUAUUUUUAAAGGAAAGAAAAACGGAAUCGAAGCUGUUUUUCCUUGCAUUUUUCAUUGAUCUGAGGGACAUUCCGUUUGAAAUGUACCGACGUUACAGUCUCUUUUUUUCUCCUUAUUUUCCUUAUAAUGCUUGAAAUGUCUAACUAUUAAAAAAAAGGCAAUUGGAAAAUGUUAUGCAUGUUGUUUAAAAAAAAAAGCGUUCUUUUUAUUUGACUGACAAUUCAUUUUACACUCUAUAUAAUAAAAUUUCCACAAGACGUCUUGUGGGCGAAGUA